AUCCGUUACAUUUCAAAAUCUUCACUGUUUUCUCAUAACUCUCUCUCUCUCUCUUCCAGAAUAUCUCAACGUAAUCAGGACAUGCGAACUCGAUUUCUCGGCAAGGAUUACUUCAAUUCCGCUCCAAUUCCCGCCGGCGAUUUCCUCCGCCUUCCUCUCCCACAUCUCCCUACUUCGAAUACCUUCAAUUUCGAAGACGUUCAUUGUUUUAACGGACUUCCUACACUUAGUAUCGAUGUCGAAAUCGAGAGAAUUCCGAUUGAGAAAACUCUCUCGCGCUUCUUCUCAUAUGUCUUUCCGCACAGGAUUGAUGUUGAACUUGCUGAGUACGCAGAUCCUCAGCCUUUCGCCGGAAAUCCUGACUUUGACGAGCAGAGAAGUUGCAGUCCCCAGGAAACAAGCGGUAUUACAAAUACAGAGGGGACUAUGGUUUCCUAUGGCAAAGGGAAGGACAAUCUCGAAAUGGUCCAAUUUGAAAUUCCAGAGCUGGAUUCAUCCUCACUUCGAUUGCUAGAAGAUAUCCCUCAUUUUGGAAAGGAGAACAUGUUGAUUCCAUCUGAGACUUCAGAUGACGGAAAUAAGCUGGAUAUGCCUGGUCUUGAAGUUAGGCUGCAACAUUCCCUUGACACUCUGCAAUCAAUUUGUUCAGUUGAUGACAUCUGUUCUGUGUCGUUUCUGGUGAAAAGCUCUGAUUGGCUGGAAGAUAGUGGUUUCAGUCAGGGGAAACAUCAUUCUAGUACAUAUGUCUUUCCUCUUCUCGAAGUGGACGAGGCAGGUUUGGGUAUUGUCAGUGACAACUCUAUAAAGGAGAAGGUUUUAAUCUUUGAAAAUAUUGAGCUUCAGCGUGAGACACUAGGAAGUGAAGGAAUGGGUAACAUAAAUGAGCUUUUGGAUUCCACAAAGUUUGACACGUUGCAACACCUGUCAAAUGGUAGUUUAGCAACGGACUGCCUUGAAGUUGAGGUUCCAUGCUUGAAUUUCUCUUUAGAGAUGAAUUUGAUAAGUAUUGUUGAACUUGAGAAAAACUCGUUGAUUCAUCAAGGCAUAGAAAAUGAUGGUCCAAUAUGGAUAGGAAGCCCUAUCAUUUUUGAUGAACUGCAAUUCAUUGAUUCAGACCUUUAUACUUUUUGUGAAUUGCUGUCUGAAGCCAAAGUAGACGUUGAGGAUACAUGUGACCUGAUGUUGAGUGAGGCCGAGAAUUUCAGGGACUUCGACGAAUUGAUUGUUUCCCAUGAGCUCAUCCCUGUGGAUAAUUCUUUCAGAUCAUUGCCUGUGCCACUAAUUUCUGAGAAUGGAAAUAUAAAGUCAUUGCACUUGUGUAUUAAGGAAAUCCUAGCUGAGUUGGAGCCCCAGUCUUCCUCCAUGUCUGAUGGAUUAUACUUAGAUUGGCAUUUUGUGGAAGAAGAGAAAUGCAAGUGUCGAGAAGACUUCUUCAAUUUAUCGAGAGAGAUAAAUGCUAACAACAUUGACCUUUGCUUGAACUUCAGCGACAAUGAGAUGCUUGUAUCAGACUUUCUUUUCUCUAGUGAUAGUCCACAAAAACCAAACAGAGUGGAGAGCAAAGAAAUGUUGAGUUUACCUUCCAAUGCCAUUCCUGUUUCUCCCACGCCUUAUAACAUAGAAGUGUCAACUAAGUUGCUGAAGGAUGGAAAGUUCUCAACUGAAGGAGUAUCAUCCCAAUGUAGUUCUAAAAAGUCAUCUUUGUUUGGUGACUCUUGGUCAGAGUUUAAUGAUCUUGAUUUUUUCUUAAAUCCAAAAGAGUAUGGUAGAGACAAAGACUAUAAACCAGCUGACAGUUCCAUUGAUACUAAUACCAUGGGCCAGAGCAGGUUUCUCUCUUCUGAUACCACACUAGUACAACCUCUGCAAUGGAAUAUCAAGGUGCAUCAAAUAUUGUUGUCUUCUGAUAUUCUACUUCUAAUUGAUGAUCUUAGGAAAAUCUUUCAAGCUAUCUUUGAAAGACGGAGAGAGUUAAUUGAGACUCAGGGUCCAUCUCAAGCUGUGGACGAUAUUGCUAUUCUCCGCCUUUCAAAGAAAAAGCUCAUCAACUUGAUUAAGAAAAGAAGUGUGUGCAGGACGUCUUUGUUCCAGGAUGGUGAUAACACAAUAUCAUUGGUCACAUUGUGCGCGAUCAAACAGAUGGUUUGGUACCUGUGCUACUAUGGUCUGCAUACAACAUAUCUAUACAUAGAAAAGUUGUACAGAAGGUUGCAGGAAUUGAGCUCUAAACUUGACUUCCUCUACAACUUCAUAAAAGAUGUGCAUCAGAAGGGUGAAAAAGAUAUACAUAAGUUCCAUCCAUCGCUUUCUGUCAUUAAUGAUAUACUGCAGUUGUUUGUGAGCAAGGGCAGUUCAAAAAUAUUGGUUGUGGCUGAGCCAGUGUUCUGGUGGUCAUUGAAGAAACUAUUAACUUCCAUGAAUAUUGCAUUUAGCCAGCCACAUAAUGGACAAAAGAAUGAUUUUUACAAAUUAGAAGAUUCCAGCAUGCAAAUGAUCUCACAUUGCUGUUUAGUAACCCAAGAGCAUCUGUUUGACUCAUUUCCAUUUGACAAAUUUGAGAUCAUCUUGGAAUAUGGAGGUUCGCAAGGAUCAUCUAAAGUAUCUUCCAUCUUGCCAAAGUCAGAUAGAGUUCCUCCUCUUCAUUUCCUUAAGGUGGAGCUGGAGGACCCCAGUGUUGCGAAAGCACUUUGUGAUGGCAUUGACAUGCCCAACACAGAUGAACCUAGUAUGGGAGGAGGUCCUCACUCUUUCUCUGCUCUCAAUGAGAUUGACGUUUCAGUUGAAGAACUGCUGAAUUUCCUUCCAGUGGAAAAGAACUUGAAGGGUGGAAGCGUGGAGGCAUUACAGGGAAAUGAAGCUUGCUCUGCUGCAGCUCAACAUGCAGUGUUCAGUUUAAGAUCUGAGCAAAAUUGUGGAAGUACAGAUGGCUGUCCUGAGACAAUCAUUAUAGUUAACACACACAAUUUUGAUAAGGAAAUGGUAAUUUCAAGGAGAAGUACAUACCAAAAGAUUCUUGCGUUCGAGAAGAAAGGAGUACAGGUCGUAGAGCGUGAUUUACGUCAACCUGUUGAUAUUAUAGUCAGUGCAUCAGCUUGCCUUGCCUGGUAUGACUGCAAAAACAUUGCAAAGAAAGCUACUGCCCCCGAUGAGGCUUUCUCUUGCUUACCUCUGUGUGUUGAGAAUAUUGCAGCAAGUAUUUUGACGUCACUCAGUUUUGCUUUCAGUGGCUGCGUCCUGGUCUUUGAGGGAGAAAGUGACUUUAUAUUAGGAAUUAUGGAGUCAUCUGAUGAGCUCUAUGCUGCUGCUGCUAGCUUGGGCAUGCAUAUACAGAUCUUUUAUUCAUAUUCUUCUGAGAUGACUGAUGAGAUCAUAUUAUCGUGUAUCGAACUUUCCUCUAGGACAAGCAGAGGGCUCUAUUCUAAGAUGCCUGAGUCACAAACGCUGGCCGAAUCCUUCCUUACUGCAUUUCCUUCAAUCAAUUCACUGUCAGCUCAUGCAAUAUUGUCUUCGGCGGGCUUGCUUGUUGAGUUUCUGGGAUGGACUCGUGAGCACAGGAUUCAUGCAGUUCAAAAAUAUCAAGUUCCUGAUGAAAGCAUCAUAUUACUGAGUGCUUUGAGCAGAUUUGGGGAACGGGAGGAUUCUAAAUCGGUAAUGACAGAUUGCUCCUCUUCAGUUUCUUCUGCUCCAGACUCUGAAAGUCUUCAUUUCAAAAGAAUCUACAGGGGGAUGAAACGAAAAACCACCUGGGAUAUUGAGAAUCUGAAUAUGCCUACAAGGGAAGUAUAUGAUCUUGAUCCACCGAGAACAUUUUCUGAAGGCAGACUUCAUCAUCCCAGAGCAUCUGGCCUGCGUGAUUCUUUGAUUUCAGAAGAUAUCAACUUGUUUGAUAAAUUUGGGAAGUCUAGCUUAUCAUUUGACAACGAACCAUGUGUUCACAGGCAGUCAUUAGACACCUAUGUGACAAAAGAUCUUUUUAAAGCAACUGAUCUCUGUGACUACCAGAUGACUAAAAAUUCACAGAUGAGUGGUAGUGAUAUAAAUAAAUUCAGGGCUCCACAAAUUGAUGUGUUUUUGCAUCCAAGAGAGGGAGUUGAUGUGGGUAGGAUGAACAAAUUGGGUAGACAAAACAACUAUUCAGGAAAUUUUAAAGAGGAUAUCACAGGUGAGGUUAUUAACAUUGAUAAUACUGUCGCAUCUGGCAAAGCCUUUCAUAAUGCAAAAUACAAGUCCUUUUCUAGCCAGGUGCAUGCAAUGGAGACUCCUACAACAGGAGUUCCUAGAGCUGCUAAAAAACUCUUUUUUGGAGCAAGUGAUCAAGAAUUUCUAACCACUGUGGAAAUUGACUCUAGCCCAGAUGCCUGCACUUCUGUGAGAGACCUUGGGCAAGGAUCAAGGCAAGGAAUGGGACAACAUUUAAAUGCAGGUUUCAAUCAUAAGAAGAUUCACUUUAAGCACCAGAAAUGGGUCCCAGAAGAGGAUAUAUCCCAGAAUGUAAAAUGUGUGAGUGAUCUGACGAAGCAAGAAAAGAAUGCAGCCAGUUAUGGCGAAACACCACUCUCAAACGCACUUCAAUCCACUACAUUGCAGCAAGGAUCACCCUGGACAAUUGAAUUUCUGAACAGAAUCAGGGAAAAGAGUCGGUCGCGUCAGCAAUCUCUCCCACGUGGCUUAUCUGCUCCUUGUUAUGGAUACCCUGGAAAACCAUCAAAAGUUACAAAGAGAAAGAGUCCAUCUACUCUGGAACUUUACAAGCACCAAGGAAACAGUUUCCAAGAGGCAGCAACCAGGAGAAAGAGGCGUAUGAAAUGCAUGCAGCUACCAGCAUCCUCUAGCGAGAAGGCUUCAGAUCGUCCUAUUUCAUCAUGGACACCCAUUGAUAAAAGAGCAAAACGGGAGCUAUCCUUUGCAACAAACGGAAAUGGAGGGCAAACUAAACUGGUAUGGAGUGACAAGAACUCUCAUACAUUGGGCAGACGAUAUUAA